CACCUGGCGGCAGUUUGUUAACGGUGCACGCGAGGUGUUGGGCAGUCGCCAUGGAGACGCGUGGCCCUACACUAGAAGUCGGCCCCUGGAGCUUGCCUCGGAGCCGAAUGGUCCUGCGCUGCCUGCCCGGCCAUAGGCCGCGAUCCAGCGGGGGAUGGAUCAUGGCUGCGGGAUACCUCGAAGAGGGAGAGGACGACGACGACGACGACGACGAGGAGAGGGAGGGCGGUGCUGCUGGUUUGCUGGAGUCCAAACUGCCCCCCAUCACCGGUGACCCCUUAGAACUAGCCAGACGAAAAGCGAAGAAGAAAAAGAAGAAGAAGAAGAAGAAGAAAACCAAAGGGUCAGGAAAGGGAGACGAUAAACAUCAAAGUCGAGGCCUGAAGAGUCAGCCGUUUUCUUCAUCCUUCCAAGACAUCGUGAGUUCCAGCAAAGACCACAGCAGGAGGCCAGAGCUCCGCCUGGACAAGGACAGUCACAAGCAUAUCUUUGACUCCGCCUGCACCACAAGCCUCCCCCACUUGGCCGAAGUAGAAGAGAAACUUUCAAACCAGAUCAACGAAAGUCUGCGUUGGGAUGGAAUUCUCGCUGACCCGGAAGCAGAAAAAGAAAGGAUUCGAGUAUAUAAACUGAACCGGAGGAAGCGGUACCAGAACUUGGCCCUCAAGGGCUUCUACUCCGAUGCGUGCAGUGAGGGGAACCCUGAGAACUCACCCCAUCAUCUCCCAGACAAAGACUGCAGCCCCAAGAGGAGGCAGCCCACGGACUGCCCGCCCUCACCACUGCUCUGAAGGAAACCCCGCUGCAAAGUUCCUGCCCUCUGAUUUACCUCCUGCUCCUCCAGAGUCUACCCACAGCACUGACAAGCUUGCCCUUUCUCCUUGCCACAAGUUGAUGUGUUAAAAAAGAAUAAUAAAAGGAAACCAGAGCCGUGUCUGAAGGAAGUAGACGUCUGUACAGAUGAGGCCAAUGUCUCCUACACUGAGAUGCCCUAAAGUGCCCAGGACACCCCAUUCCUUAAGAAAACUGCAACUUCAUGAACACAGUGCUUUGCACAAGUGCCUUUUUUCUAAAAUAUGCUGGUAUCUCUCUUUGUUUUUUUUUUGU